AUGAUGAUCGUCGGAAUCUUGUGCAUUACAGACGACGACAUCCCCACCGUUCUUCGCUACAAGCCCUAUCACCGACACAAGCCCCCUUUUCCUUCCACAGUCUUUACAAGAGUUUAUCCCCCACCCUCAUUUUCAACGACUGCCUACGAAAGUGAAGAUAAGGAAGAGUUGCUGGAGCGAUCAGAGGAUGGAUGGAUGUUUGGUGCAUCUGGAGCAGCGGGAGCAUUAGGCGGUGCGGAAGCCGGGACAUGUGUCCUCGACAGCAUCGCCAAGGCUGAGAGGAAGAGACGCGAGGCUGGUGAAGUGGGCGAGUAAUCGGUGAGAGAGGUUGAAACGUUGUUCAAACGAGUGCGGAUCCAGGUUGCUCAGAAGGAUCACCGGCAUGUCAAGGAGCUGUUGGAGUUCGUAGGCGCCAAGGCCAAAAAGAAAAAAGGAAACGGAUAUGGCAAAGCAGGAGCGGGCGGUAACGUCUAACACGAGAGAUACCAAUACUUAGCGCGAGAAGAGGUAUCUCAAGAUUUACGACGCCAUGAAAGCUGUAGCAAGUAUGAAGAACGGUGAGCCAGGUAGCUCUGCAGAAGUGAAGUAGUUGCCAGAAUGCGAGUAGGGCAUACAUAAAGUACUUGUAUCUAUUCCUUCCAUUGGCGAACGCGAUUGGGCAAACUGUUCAGCAUUGCAUGGUCAUGAAACAUAAGAUAGCAAGAAGUCACCCGGGG